UUAAGUAUAAAAGGUGAUCAUACUAAACACAUGAGCAUAAGUUAAUCAAAAAGUUUCAUUAACAAACAUUUAAUCUCUUCUUGAAAAUGAAAAUGAUUGCAACUCUCUUCGUUGUCAUUGCUUUUUCUUCAUUGGCUUUUGCUGAAUCAGGUUACAUUCCAUGUCCAGUUCCUCCAACUACUCCUGGUGCUGAUAUUGACAAAAUGGCCGGUCUAUGGUAUAAAACUAAUGGAGCACCUUACUCAAUAAAUCUUCAAGUGUAUUUCACUCCUCGAGAGGAUGGAGACUUCAACUUUACAAUUCGUAGCCCUUAUGGUGGAAAGGAUUGGGAAGAUGCGAUAGCCGAACGUACUGAUAAUCAAAAUAUACUCAAUCUCUAUAAUGGAAUGUCAAAAGAGAUUCCGAGCUUUAUGACUUUAAAUAUAGUCGAUACUGAUUACGAUAACUAUGCGUCUGUUUACUUGUGCUGGAGUUUUGUUCCUGGUACCUCCUUCGUUGGUGAGCAUAUGAAUUUAUCAAGGACUGACUACAUGGCUGCUGACAAGUAUCGCGAACUGGCUAAUCAUGUGUUUGAUAAAGCUGCCUAGCGAUAGAGUUGGACCAAUAAUCCAGAGAAACUAAAUAUUGACCAGUUUCCCAUUAAUCAUAUUCAAACUUGAAUUAAAUUGAAUUUCACUGUAAUGGUUGAUAACCUUAAACAACACGAUUUACGUAAAUAAAAAGAUAUUACAUUGUUA